GAGAUUGGGGCGGACUCUGCUCAGCAUUAAAUACUUGUGUCCGGCACUGCCCAGGCCUCCUGUGCCGCCUUCCCAGCCGGUCACUUGACCAAGAUCCACCAUGACGACUUACAGUGACAAGGGAGCAAAGCCCGAGAGAGGCCGAUUCCUCCACUUCCACUCUGUCACCUUCUGGGUCGGCAAUGCCAAGCAGGCUGCCUCAUUCUACUGCACCAAGAUGGGCUUUGAGCCGCUGGCCUACAGGGGCCUGGAGACAGGGUCCCGGCAGGUGGUUAGCCACGUGAUCAAGCAAGGGCAGAUUGUGUUUGUCCUCUCUUCAGCACUCAACCCCGGGAACAAAGAGAUGGGCGACCACCUGGUGAAACACGGCGACGGAGUGAAGGACAUCGCGUUCGAGGUGGAAGACUGUGACUACAUCGUGCAGAAAGCACGGGAACGGGGGGCCAAAAUCCUGCGGGAGCCCUGGGUGGAGCAAGACAAGUUUGGGAAGGUGAAGUUUGCGGUGCUUCAGACGUAUGGGGACACCACUCACACCCUGGUGGAGAAGAUAAACUACACCGGCCGCUUCCUGCCUGGAUUCGAGGCCCCAAUGUUCAAGGACUCCCUCCUUUCCAAGCUGCCCAGCUGCAGCCUGGAGAUUAUCGACCACAUUGUGGGAAACCAGCCUGAGCAGGAGAUGGUGUCGGCCUCGGAAUGGUACCUGAGAAACCUGCAGUUCCACCGCUUCUGGUCUGUGGACGACACGCAGGUGCACACGGAGUACAGCUCCCUGCGCUCCAUCGUGGUGGCCAACUACGAGGAGUCCAUCAAAAUGCCCAUCAACGAGCCAGCGCCUGGCCGCAAGAAGUCCCAGAUCCAGGAAUACGUGGACUACAACGGGGGAGCCGGGGUCCAGCACAUCGCCCUCAAGACCCACGACAUCAUCUCCGCGAUUCGCCACUUGAGAGAGAGAGGCAUGGAGUUCCUGGCUGUGCCGGCCACUUACUACAAACAGCUGCGGGAGAAGCUCAGGUCGGCCAAGAUCCGGGUGAAGGAGAGCAUCGAUGUCCUGGAGGAGCUGAAAAUCCUGGUGGACUACGACGAGAAAGGCUACCUCCUGCAGAUCUUCACCAAGCCCAUGCAAGACCGGCCCACGCUCUUCUUGGAGGUCAUCCAGCGCCACAACCACCAGGGCUUCGGAGCCGGCAACUUCAACUCCCUGUUCAAGGCCUUCGAGGAGGAGCAGAAUCUGAGAGGCAACCUCACCGACAUGGAGACCAACGGGGUGGUGCCCGGCAUGUAGGCCCCGCCCACUCCCGCCGACCUACAGAGGCUCCGCCCGCCCGUCGGCGCGCGGCCACGCCCCCUCCUCGGACCACGCUCCCCUCCCGGGCCCGGCGCGUCAGUCCCCACUAGCCACACCCCCGAGCCACGCCCACCUCGUGACCACGUGUCCUCCUGAGUAAAGCUCACCCCGGUCCAA